AGGAGCGCGCAGCGCGCAGGAGCCGCGCAGAAACACAGCGAGGCGAAGACGGAGGAGCCUGCGGCAGCACUGCCUCACCUGAGUCCCGCAUCGCAGCGAGCGCAGGACAGACGAGGACGGAAGGGCCGGGGGGACAAAGCAAGGGAAGAGACAAGAGACGAGCACCGGGGGGCUUCUCUCCUUCUCCUGGACCAAAGCGGGAACUUGGCCAGAGCCCGCACGGCAGAUCAUCAUCAUCCACCCCUUCCUUCCUUCCCCCCCACCCAGCCAGCCUAGGCUGUGACUUCACCCCGUGUCAGUCCACGUCCACGCUGCGCCAGCUCACACCUCACCCCCCGCGCCAGCAACAGCAGGAGGGAAGCCGAGGUUUCGGGGCUUCGCGCUCCCUCAUGGCAGAGGCACGGAGCCGGUCGGUGGAACCCAGCAGCGCUGCAGCGAUCCGCGGCUCCUCCGGCUCCGCCGCGGACGAAUCCACGACGCGCUCGCAACUCUGAAGUCGAGCCGCGGGACCUGCGUGGCAGUGUGAGCGAGGCGACCUGCGUGGAUCCAACUCGGGAAGAGCCGAGGAGUGAAUAAUAAGACACCGGCGGGGGGGGGAACUCGGACGGCGGAACAUUCAUUGUGAUUGUCAUUCAUAUUUCACAAUAAAACAGCGCGCACAUCCACAUGAGACAUCUUUUUAGUUUUUUUCCGUGCGUGGGUAUUUCUCUCAGUGAUUCCCACGGGAAUUUCCCCGUAAAACUGUCCACAGCAGGAAGCACAUAAUAAUUCCGUCGCUGCCGAACGAACGCGCUCGGAUCUGUGGACUAAGUGUCGGCUAAAUAAAGAAUAACGUUAAUAGUUGUGUUACUAUACUAUUGCAGGUACCUCGUGGUAAGAGAGCGACUUUGCACACUAGUCCGGGAUCCCUGCUCCUUCCUUGUUCUGGAAUAUAACCCACUGAGUCACUAACCGGCGGCGUUAUAAAACACGGGGAAACUGCAGCGGGCGAAAAUUAUUAAGUGCAGCAAAGCCUUAAGCCUUAAGCAGGUCGACAGACAGGGAGGGUGUGGGAGUCUUACUCCUCGGGAUAUUUCCUUCCUUCGCCUGCUGUCAGCAUAUUAUGUCUGCACUUCGAAAGAAAUUCGGGGACGAUUACCAGGUAGUGACCACCGCGUCCAGCGGCUGCGGGUUCGAGCAGAGGAAGAAGAAGAGGCAGCGCUUCGUGGACAAGAACGGCCGGUGCAACGUGCAGCACGGCAACCUGGGCGGGGAGACGAGCAGGUACCUGUCGGACCUCUUCACCACCCUCGUGGACCUCAAAUGGCGCUGGAACCUCUUCAUCUUCAUCCUCACCUACACGGUGGCGUGGCUCUUCAUGGCCUCCAUGUGGUGGCUCAUCGCCUACAUCAGGGGGGACCUCAACAGAGCCCACGACGACAAGUACACGCCGUGCGUGGCCAACGUGUACAACUUCCCAUCGGCGUUCCUCUUCUUCAUCGAGACCGAGGCCACCAUCGGGUACGGGUACAGGUACAUCACGGACAAGUGUCCCGAGGGCAUCAUCCUCUUCCUCUUCCAGUCCAUCCUGGGAUCUAUCGUGGACGCCUUUCUCAUCGGCUGCAUGUUCAUCAAGAUGUCCCAGCCCAAGAAGAGGGCCGAGACGCUCAUGUUCAGCGAGCACGCGGCCAUCUCCAUGCGGGACGGCAAGUUGACCCUCAUGUUCAGGGUGGGCAACCUGCGCAACAGCCACAUGGUGUCCGCGCAGAUCCGCUGCAAGCUCCUCAAAUCUCGGCAGACGCCCGAAGGCGAGUUCCUCCCACUGGACCAACUGGAGCUGGACGUAGGCUUCAGCACGGGAGCUGACCAGCUCUUCCUCGUAUCGCCGCUGACCAUAUGUCAUGUGAUUGACAGCAGAAGCCCGUUCUACGAACUCUCUCAGAGAUCCAUGCAGACUGAGCAGUUUGAAAUUGUUGUCAUCCUUGAGGGAAUAGUGGAAACCACGGGGAUGACAUGCCAGGCACGAACUUCAUACACUGAGGAUGAAGUCCUCUGGGGACACCGCUUCUUCCCUGUCAUUUCCCUAGAGGAGGGUUUCUUCAAGGUGGACUAUUCCCAGUUUCACGCCACAUUCGAAGUGCCCACGCCACCCUACAGCGUGAAGGAGCAAGAGGAGGCCCUCCUCAUCUCCUCCCCGCUCGCAGCACCACCGCCAGGCAACAGUGGUGACAAGAGCUCCACGCCAGACGGUCCGGAGGUGCUGGAGGAUGCCGAAGUAACCGCCAAACUACCCCCCAAGCUACAGAAGAUAACAGGACGUGAAGGGCUGCCACGCAAGCUACUGCGCAUGAGCUCCACAGCCUCAGAAAUGACCUACAGCCUGGGGGAUUUGCCCAUCAAGCUGCAACGCAUCAGCUCCGUACCUGGCGUCUCCGAGGACCGGCCAGCCGCUACCAAGGGAACCAGGCCUGGCGGUGCCGAGCCCAUCAGCAAGUCGGCGGUUGAUCUGCCCCCUAAGCUGCAGAAGCUUGCCGGUGGUGUCGGGGGCCGCAUGGAUGGACACCUUCCCCCAAAACUUCGAAAAAUGAAUUCAGACAGGUUUACGUAA